CAGGCCUUCAUGUACCAAGUUUUGGUUAAUAACAAGAGUCGUCAUUACCUCAACCUCAUUUUGAAACAGGAAACACAAUUAAGAACGAAUGUGGCCCAUGUGCUUUGGAUAACUUCUUUUGUUUGUGGUUAGUUGUUGUUUCCAAGCAAAAGUACCUGCCAUUGUGUUUGUAAUUUGACACUCCCACAAGUACUCACACCAGUCCAUUGGAGAGUCAGGAGACUUCAAAGGAUUUGGGUUCAGGUGGGAUUAACCUUAAUCCCCCCUCUUUCUAAGCUACUAUGAGGUCACUCCAUUAGGACCCUCACCUUUGAUUGAAGGGUGAAACAGAUGGUUUAGUCAUUGGUAGCAGAUUUCAUUCAUUGAUGCCCAGACCAGCCCAGACACAGGAUGUUCUCAAUCGGUCCCUGAUCGUGCUCAGUUGCUUGCUCGCUCAGUUGCUCGCAAAGUCUCCUUGCACAUACACAUACCUUCACGUGUUGCUCCUCCACAGCUCCACUGUUUCUUUGUUUUUGUUCGUUCCCUGUGACUCCUGUAUAUUUGUACACUUGUAAGAUGAGACAAUAGCUAGGGUGCGAAAACAAGAUUUUGGGGAGAGAAUGAGAGAUUCUCAUACUUUUGUUCUGGUUUGGAGUUCACUGUUUCACUCGGGCGGUUCAUCAUUGAGGGAAUAACAACACCAUACAGUGGAGUUUGAUCAUUUAGUACAUACACACACUUGCCUCUAUGGACGUGAGAUCCAGCAUAGCUCAAGAUGGAUCACGUUGGGAUAUCAUCGAGGACCUGGAUCUCUUCUACUUCAGACAGCUUGCUGUCAGUCUACAGGACUAUGACAUGCAACAGAAGAUCGACCUUGAGAUCAAGAUGAGAGAGGGCACGCGGAAGCUCCUCGUGGCUUGCAAGAGGGAAGCCCAGAGCCUGGAAGCAGCGAAAAACCUGCUCACAUCUAACGUGCGCGUCCUCUCAUACAUGUCAGAGCUCCAGCGACGCAAGACGGCAGAGUUUGCGGAUCGGGCGGCGUCGCGGAAGAUCAAGAGCGCCGGCAGUGAUUCGGGCGUAGAAGCAGAAGCAGGAGGGGACGUGAUUGAGCCAUGUAGAGCUACAGUGUGCGUCUCAGAUUUACGAAUUCCCCUCAUGUGGAGAGGCGUGGACCAUAUAAAGAACAAAGGAGAUCAUCACAGGUAUGCAGUCUUCUGCCUGCUGAAGAUAGACACCCAAAUUUAUGCCACUCAACUGGUUUCUAAUAUAGACAGGACAGCAACAGAUGUCAACUUCAAAGAUGUCAUUGUCUUUGACAACGUGAAGCCAGAUUUCACCUGUAUCCUAGAAGUCUAUUCAUACAACCUUCAUAACGACAUGACGAUAGCAAGCACACCACAGAAGAUCAGACGCAAGUUGAGCGCCCUCUCUGCGUCAGUGGGUCGGCGCGGCAGUCUAGGGCACAAAACACAGGUCAACUCAACCAGUGGGUCCACUGAAGAGGAGCAGAAUGAAGGGCCUAGGUACAGCUUAGUAGCCAGAGCUAGACUGAGGUUACAGCAAGUUAGUGAUCAAGUUCAGACAUUUGAUCUCAACACAGAGAACGAUGAUAACACAGCACAUCAGCUCCAGUUGUUUGGUAAUAUCUGUUGUCGUCUGGCUGCUCAACCACUGUGCACGGUAGAGGAGAGCAUGUCGGGGUACCUUUCCAGUCAGGAUGAGUUCCAAGGUAAACCAGUAUCAAACAGACUUUGGUGUAGAUUACAAGGCUCUCAUCUAAUUUGCUGGGAUGAUCCUACAGAAGGAAAUCUAGGUGAACCAUCCAUGACUCUACAACUCAGAAAGAACUCUUCAGCGGUCCGAUCAACGUGCUGCACAGACCCACUGUCGUUUGUGAUCGGCGGUUGCGGUGACGAUCCUGACAGAAAACGUCCAUUCACGGCAGAAUCAGAAGAGGAACUGGAAAUGUGGCUGAAAGGGUUUGAGCAGCAAUUAAUCAACAUUGAAACUUGGUCGGAUUGUUGUCACCAGAAGAUGAAGAUCUACUCCCCCUUCCCUGGCAGAUCUGAUCUGGUGCUAGCAGAGAGAAAGGGCUCCCUCUAUGAUGAAUGUUCUUUAGUAUCGCCAGAGAGAGAAGAGUUCAAUGAUGAGAAUGUCUUCCAAGGACCUCCGUCAGACAACCUGCGCAGUCGACGAAAGAUGAGAUCGCAGAGCAUGGCAGCGGCACCCAGCACAUCGUCAUCCUCAUCAACGUCGUCCUUAUCAUCCUCUCCCCUGCUUCCUUGGAAGAGACCGGUGGUCUUACCUGCAGCAGAAUCAUCCCCCUCGUCAUCGUCCCCCUCGACAUCGUCAGCGAUAUCAUCAUCAACUCAGUCACCACCUCUCUUCCCAUUCGAUAAGACCGUCCUUCAGAAAGAAACAACAGUAUGAGUUAUUCCAGUUAUUACAAAAGAAGUAAACCUCAUUGGGUGUCACUGUGUGAAUAAGACAGUUCCUAGGUAGCACACGGUACAAAUCACCCCAUACAUGUUUAUCAACAGGACGUGUUUCACAAAGACUAAAAGUUGGACUUAACUAUGGCGGGCCAUUCAUGCCACUGGUUGCUCUCACCCUUGGUCUCUCAAGGGACAUCACAAAUCUACUGAAUUCACAUUUUUUGAUAAUUUAUUGUUGAAGGAAAAAACAGUAUCUAUAGAUCAUAAUUUCUAAGGUUUUUUUCCACUAAUUUUACAUCUGGUUCAAGACUUUUUAAGGGCAUAAAUCGCCUGCCAUAGUUCAAGUCCAACUUAGGUCGAUCUUAGUCUUUGUAAAACACCCCCUGACCUCUCACACAUAGAGAUGUCCCACUUUGUGCAUUUUAGAAUAAACCACAACCAAAGUGAUGAAGGUGCUUCAUAAAUACCUUAUGUUUGCCCUAUCCUCUCCUUACCUCUCCUCUCCUUUUCUGAUCAAUAUAUUCCAAAAGAUUUUCAGAACCUACAGCUACAUAUAUCAUUAUUAUGUAGUCAUACAAAUGUACUCAGCAAUAAGUAACUUACAACACACUAAAAUCUUUGAAUAUUUGAAGAAUCAUUCACUUUUAUAUUCUCUUCUAGCACACUUUGAGAUCAAAAUUUUGUAGAAAGAUUUUCAUAUAUAUUUAUUUUUGAAAUCAUAGACACUGUAUAUUAAUGGCAUAUAUUAUUUAUGAGUUUAUCUAGAUCAUGAGUUAUCUUUAUUCGAUGAUAAUUUAUCUUCAUUUUAUGAUUGUUUUAUAUCUUCUUUUUCCCUGUAUGACGCUUACAUAUACUAUCAACUUUUCUGUUUGUCCUUAUCUAUUUCGUACCGUAAUUUUGUAUCGUUGGUUUUCUUACAUCAUUUCUUUCUAAAAAUGUAUGAAAUAUUUAUUUGUUAGUAAUUUUUCUGCCGAGAGGCAAAAGGGAUUAACUCAUAUCAUUUGACAUAGAGUUGAUGCUCUCCUCUCUCUCUCUCUCUCUCUCAACAAUUUUCUUUCUCUCUCUUUUCAUAAUCAAAUCUUCCUUUUGUUCCAUUGUAAGCUUGAUGCCAGUCAUGCAGCGAUCUUCCAGUCAAUUCCAAAAGACAGUUUGUUACUUUAGUGAAAAUAUGCCAUUGUAGAAAAAUAAACAACAUGAAUAAGGAUAACAUUCCUUAUUCAACCUAUCACAUUAUUUUUAUACUGGGCCUUGUAACAUGAACAUAAUCAACUGCAAAUCAAUUGAAUCAGUAUUAUCUGUGUGAUUAAACAUAUAUCAGUGUAACACUUUGUUACCAUGUAUGCACUUCAUUUUACAAAUUGUAAUUUGAAGUAAAAGUAAAAAGAAUGUAGUCAAAUAAGAGCUUCUGAUCAAAAAUAUGUUUUUUUUUUAAUGUCACAGCAGUUAAUGAUAAUUUUACCGCUACAUUCCUUUAAAUUGUACAAAAGAAAUGUUGUCUUUUUUUUUAGGGAAGCUAAAGUGAUAUUAAAAGGUGAUCCCAUUCCAUACAUCAUUGUUCAAUGUAAAGCAAGAAAGAUAUAAUAUGUAUAUUCAUGAUUAUAGAAAAAGAAUUGAUAUUUGAGUUGAAUGUCAGACAUGUACCUCCUUGUAUAUUGCACCCCCUCCCCUUUGGCUUUCCGUAAAUUCAGAUGUACUUACAAAAUGCAAACAUUUUGCUGCUUUCAUAUUCGUUUUCAUUCCAUAUUCCAUUUGAUUUCUUCCAAAUUCAGUUUGUAUUUGCCUCAGCAUCAUUUUUUUCCAGCUAUCUGGCUUCCAUGAAUGUUUAUUGUUUUAUAAAUUGUUCAUUCCCAUCAUAUCUCAUUAGGUUUAUUCUAUAAUUUUUGUUAUUACUAUCUUACUAUUACCAUUCAUGCAGCUCUGAAACCCAAUGCCAUAUUCUUCAGAGAGUAUUCUGAAGGUUCGUUCAGAUAUGAUGCAGUAAACCACCGCAAAACAGCUGCCACAUUUUUUAAACGUGUUAAUGAAUGGCAACUGCCUGGGUGCAACAAAGUUCCUGGGCAUAUUCACUGAGCUCUGUGUUGUAAGAUACAGAAAUGUGAUGCCUAUUGCACUUCGCGUCAUUAAAAUCCGCUGUGGUUUUGCCACAUAUCUGAACGUGGCUUAAAGCCCCUCUGCACUAGUUUGGCUAGGAGGGACUAGACCUCCCUGCAUGGUCACUGACAGGUGGUUAUCUCAUCAAAUCAGCUCUCAAUUAACAUAAGAAAAAGGGGACCAUGGGGAAUCAAUGAUCACUGAUUAGGCAUUGUUUGCUUUAUAGAGGGCGCAGGUAGCUAUAAGUAAUGCCGUGGGGCUUUAAGUGUAAUUUAUUUGGUUGGAAUAUGCAGAGUAACAUGUAUAGAAGAUAUGUACAGUACCGUAUAUGGAUUUGAAAUAGAAACUGAAAUAGAAAAAUCAUGACAAGGAUUUUUGUUCACAGGAUACUCACUAGAAGAGUUUUUCCAUUUUCCUUGUUUUUGUUCUGUUUAUACCAGGGUUAUUGAAUGAUUUGCAGGGUUCUGAUGUGCUACUUUCAGAUCAUUUUUUGCACCACAGCAUUUUGAAGAAGUGUGCUUGUGUUUAGAAUAAGAUAAAUAUUAAAAGUAUUACACAGUAAUAAGAAGACAAAUGUCUUUUGUUAUCCAGAACAAAUUACAGCAAUAUUAGAAGUUUAGAAGUUCUACUUCUUUCGGGGAUAUGUUUUGCUGAGACUAGACCCUAUGUGCGACUUCAUCAUUCCCUCUCUUGUCUUCAAGCAAGUCAAAAGUCAGAAGAUUUUUUUUUUUUUUUUUUAAUUUUCCAAGCAAAUUAAUUUUUCUGUCUAUCAUUCAUGAGAGUGAAACCUGGUUCUAAGGAAAUUGUUUUAACAAAGCCUCAUUUUUGCAAAAUCAUGUUGCUGAUCCCAGUUCUUUGUUGAGGCCUGCUAUAUCAAUAUUUCAAUGAAAGAGAAACAUUUUCUUGGGCCAAAUGGUCUUUUGUUUAAAGAGGUUCCACUGUAUUUCAUUAGACAUCCUUUCUUUUUUUUAAUCAACUUCUAUCGUAUUGGUUUGUAUGAUGUCUGCAUUCUCAACAUUUUCUCUUUUGUAUAAUUAUGUCAUUGAAUAUUAAGAAUUGUAUGAAAAGCAUUAAUUAAUAUGGCAUGCAUUCCAGAAAUCAGAAGUUGAGCAUGCACAUUUACUCAGCUUUUAUUUUAUGCUUCUCGCAAUCAAUGUCAGCAUUAUGAUGAAAAUUCACUUUGCCAUUCCUUAAAGGGACUUUGUAACAUUGUUCAGAUGAGAGAUAGUGGUGCUAAGGUAGUGACUUCAAUGCUAGAUGUACAAUUAAAGAUAAUCUGAAAAUUUGAGU